AGAACUUUUUCUGUUUUCUUUCCAUAUAAUCAUGAAAAUCUCUGCUGGGUGUUGUGUUGUGAUUUUCAACCAUAAUUUAGAUUAUUAAGUUUUCAACUUUGGAAAUUAUUUUGAAUAUAUUGUUAGUUCUAGGGAGGGGAGUUUCACUUUAUCCCCAACUUUUUCUGAUAAAAAUUCAAUUUUUGUUGCUGUCUUUUUAAGAUCUUUCCCUCAUUUAUUUUUUUCUGCUACUGAAAGUACUGCUGCUUUCUUUUUCCCAUUUUUUUCCUUUCCACCAUCUGAUAAAGGAUAAAGGACCCAAGAAAAAGUUAACAUAUUUGUUUGUAUCGCUGCUAGCUCUUGUAACAUAAUCCCUCAAAGUGGGAUUGGAGUGGUUAAGCCACCUAUGGAAGGUUCAAAGGCUCCUCCCAUGUUGGAGAGAAGGGCAAGGCCUCAGAAGGAUCAAGCUUUGAACUGUCCAAGGUGCAAUUCCACCAACACCAAAUUCUGCUACUACAAUAACUAUAGCCUCUCUCAGCCUAGGUACUUUUGCAAGACAUGUAGAAGGUAUUGGACUGAGGGAGGAUCACUCAGAAACGUUCCUGUGGGUGGUGGCUCUAGAAAGAACAAGAGAUCAACAUCAACCCCAUCAGCACCCCCACCACCACCGUCAGCACCAACAAAGAAGCUUCAUGAUCUUACAGCACUAAAUUUCCCUCAAUCUGCUUCUCAGGACCCUAAGAUCCACCAAGGGCAAGACCUAAACUUGGCAUAUCCACCAGUUGAGGACUAUGCCACUGUUUCCAAGUUCAUUGAGGUUCCUUACAGCACUGAAUUGGACAAGGGUCUUCAAAAUCAAAACCCCACCUCAGCAACAUCAUCAUCAUCUCAGUUGUCUGCCAUGGAGCUUCUCAAAACUGGGAUUGUUGCUUCCUCUAGGGGCUUGAACUCCUUCAUGCCAAUGUAUAAUAAUUCAACUGGGUUUCCUUUGCAAGAUUUUAAGCCACCACACGGCCUUAACUUCAGCCUUGAGGGGUUUGAAAAUGGUUAUGGGAGCCUUCAAGGAAUUCAAGAGGGUCCUACUGGUGGUGCAAGGAUCUUGUUUCCUGUGGAGGAUUUGAAGCAGCAGGUUCCAAACACUAAUGAGUUUGAUCAGCACAAUAGAAGUCAAGGGGAUUCAACUGGGUAUUGGAAUGGCAUGUUAGGUGGAGGAUCAUGGUAGAUAGUAGAGAGAAAAAGAAGAACAAGGGUUGUUGUUUUAGCCUUUUAUUUUUUUCUUUUCUUAAUGGGGGAGUGUGGUUGUGUUUGGAGUGAUCAGAACCACUAACAAAAUAGGGUACAAGGCUUCUGGUUUGCUUCUUUUUAAUCCAUUUCAAAUAUUUUUGGUCUUUUGCUUUCCUAGUCCACUUUUAUUUUUGGCUUUUGGUCCCGAAGAAUGUGGCUGUAUUUUGAAGCUACCUUUCAUUUAUUUAGGUUAAGUAAGCAUGAGGAGCUUCAAGUCCAUAACCUAUAUCAUAUAUAAUCUCAACACUGAUUUUUCAAUAUUGUUCUUUCUCGUGAGAAUAAAGCUUAUUCUUGAGGCUUUAGCAGGAUCUUCGCGCACGGUUUGCUGCUACCACAGCAAGGAAAGGAUUCCCAUCAAUACCAUUGUCAGGUACCAAGAGAGUUUGGUCGGUCAUGCACAACCUUCAAAUUUAAUGCCCCUUUUAAGCAUAAUUGGUUUAGGCUAAUAAUAAGGGCAUUUAACAAGUUAGUGCACCAAAUAACUAGUUUUUAGUGUUUGUAUUUGUAAAUUCUAAACUGGGAUUUAUAUAAACAUAAAGUGAGUUGGAAUGAUGGCUGUCAAAUCCUUUACA